AUGCAAAAAGUGUUGUCAGAUACGAUACGCGGGAAGAUCAAAGAAGAAAUCAGGCGAAGCCCUUACAUCGGCCUUCUUACAGAUGAAACCGUAAAUAUCACUGUUGAUAAGAAACUGAUAGUUUAUUUGCGUAUCAUGACGAGCGGUGGCCCAAAGUCAAUUUUUCAUAGCAAUGUCACUAUUCACAGCGGGAAUGUCGAAACAGUGAUGAAUGCGCUGAUUGACACACUCGUUGCAAGUGAUAUUGAAAUUGAUAAAGUCAUGGGCUUUGGAUCUGACGGCGCCAGUGUUAUGACUGGGCGUUUAAAUGGUGUUGCUCUAGCGGCCAGCGAUGCAACAAAGCGAGAUAAAGGUGUUGUCAAUAUCAGUGAAUACCGUAAAGAUGUAAACACUAUCUACAACUUUUACCACUUCUCUGCUGCCCGUAUGAAUCGUUUGCGAGAAUUGAAUGAUGCACUGGAUAACAACGAUUUCCGGUCACUCAAAGAGCCGUGUUCGGUGAGAUGGCUAUCAUUAUCCCGAGCAGUGACAGCGAUCAACAAUAGUUGGGCUGUUCUCGCAGUUGAGUUGGAGGAGGAAUCAAGGCCUGAAAAGAAUAAUGCAGUUGCGAAGGGACUGUUGUUACGCGUGUCGUCCUUUAAAUUUGUGGUAACAACAAAACUUCUAAAAGACGUGUUAGUGCUGAUGAAUAGAUUAAAUCUCCUAUUUCAACGUGACACUAUCGAUUUGUCCACAAUUGCUCCCAUGGUUUUGUCUACAAUACAGAGUUUACAGCAGCUAUUGGAAACUCCCUAUUCCAGUGUACAUGAAGCACAGUUCAUGGAUACAUUUGACAGGCAAACACGCACUUACCACGGAGUUCAACUGAAGCAUGCAGCCGAAGUCAACAUUGAUGCGUUCGUUAACGGCACUCGACGUGAAUUCGUGGAGGCACUAAUUUACAACUUGCAACGUCGUUUCGAGGGCGAUCAGAUAACUGUUCUAACUUCAUUAGAUGUCCUGCUCAAUCCCAGGAAAUUGCCACAAGACAGGAACGAGCUAGCGAACUUCGGAAUACCGGAAAUGGAAGCACUUUGUGGUCAUUUUGGGCGUGACAUGGGUGACGAUGGUGAAAUCCACAGAGCCAUAAUUAAUUUUGAAGAGCUCC